AUGGCUGGUGACGAAGAUGAUAGUACAUGGUUAAUCGAAUUGGAAUCUGCUUUACUGGAUGGUUGCUCAGCACAAGAAAUCAAUGUCCUAACAAAAGGCAAAAAGAUUCCAGAAAGUUUGCGCCCAGAUGUUUGGCUUCUUUGCUUAAGUUGCCAAGAAGCUGCUAAUCAACUGUUGUCAUUCGAUGAAAUAUUUGAUCUCACAAAUCAGAAUGAACUCCGAGAUGAUGUUAAAAAGUUUGUCAAACGGCUUGGAAAUGAUGAUGAUGAUAAACUAUCAGUUAUUUCUGAUAUUGAGUCUAUAAUAACCUUCUACUGUAAGUCUAAAUCUAUUAACUAUAGUGCUAAUAAUGGCUGGAUUGAAAUCUUGUUACCACUACUGAGUCUAAAAUUGCCAAGGUCAGACACAUACAAUUUAUUUGAGAAAAUCUUAAAGCUUUACAUUCCAAGAGGCUGUGUAAAGAAUGGUGUGCCAUUUCACAUAUUACGAUUAAUUCUCCAGUACCAUGACCCUGAGCUUUGCUCAUUUCUGGAUACAAAACGAAUUACUCCUGAACAAUAUUGUAUGUCAUGGCUAAGGUCUCUCUUUGCUGGCACAUGUAAUUUGGAGGUAGUGCUUUUUAUGUGGGAUUUAUAUUUCCAAAGGUCAGAUCCUUUUUUUAUAUUUUUCCUAUGCCUGAUUAUGAUUAUUAAUGCUAGAGAACAAUUGUUGCAAAUGAAAAGUGAAGACAAGGAAUCUAUUAUGCAAACUUUGAUAGAUAUGCCAUCCGAUUUAGAAGCAAAUGAUGUGUCAGACUUUUGUUCGCUUGCACAUUAUUAUUCACUGAAAACUCCUCAAUCAUUCCGAGAAGAUGUCUUAGAAGUAUUAUUUUCUGAAAGCUUGUUAGAAAUCAAUUCCAAACUUUAUUCCCAAGCACUGUGUCUUCCUGUUGCUGUCCACGAAUUGAUUGAAAGUGCUACAUUGGAUUCUACAAAUGGUGACAGUGUCAAAUUCUUUUUGGUUGAUUGUAGACCAGCAGAACAAUAUAAUGCAGGGCAUUUAUCUACAGCAUUCCAUCUGGAUUGCAACUUGAUGUUACAAGAACCUUCAGCAUUCAACACAGCUGUUCAAGGAUUACUGAAUGCCCAAAGGCAGGCAUUAGCUGCAGGAUCUCUGGCAGCGGGCGAACAUCUUUGUUUUGUUGGUUCUGGUAGAACGGAGGAAGACAGUUAUGCACACAUGGUUGUUGCAUCAUUUUUGAAAAGAAAUGCUAAACAUGUUUCAAUGUUGGAAGGUGGUUUUGUAGCAAUCCAUGAUUACUUUGGCCCUCAUAUGACAGACUGUUUAGAGGAACAUAAUCCAUCUACAUGUUUAGUUUGUGCUCCCAAUAAUAACAAUGAGGGAAUAGAAACUCAUCAGACUAAAAUAAAGGAAAAUAUACCAGCUAAACAAUUAUUCAGUAAAUUGUCAUCUGCUAUGAAAGCAAAAAGCCAGGAAGUGAAGGGUAAGCUAAUCGAGUACAUUGUAAAUCCUAAUUCAACAUACAACAAUGGAGAAUGGCAUGUAUCACCUGUAGACAGAAAAGGACAGAGAUACAGAAAUGUACCUCCAGUAUUCAGUAUUAACGAUGAGGAAGACGAUUCAAGAUCAGAUAGCUUAAGGCGAGAUUUGGCAGAUUCUGAUUCAUUAGAAGAAAUUGUUGAAGUGAAUUUGUUCCUUAAAGACCACAAUGUAGUUGACAACUUUCAAUGUCAAGAAGUUUUACUGAAUGGCUAUAUGCAUGAUUCCUAUCUGGUUGUGACUGAAACCCAUCUGAUUGUAUUACGUGACAUUCCAAAUAAAAGGGGCGCCGCAAAAGUUAUGUCUAGGAGACCCUUAUCUACAAUUGUCAAAAUCACUGCCAAAAAGAGACAUCCAGAACUUAUAACAUUUAAAUAUGGCAUACCAGAUGGUGAUAAUCUAUUGAUAAAAGACAUGGAUCGUUUCCUUAUUCCUAAUGCUUCUGUAGCUACCAAAGUAGUUUCCAAUCAAAUUGUUCAACAGCUGGAUAAUAAAGCUUAA